GACAGCCCACAUCACAUGGACGGUUGUCUAUUAACUUGUUUCCAAAAAGUAGCAGGACUUGUCAGACGCGCAGGGAGGGAGAGCAGUUGGCUCAGAGAGAGAGAGUGAGAGGCAGCGGCAGGAGAGAGAAAGUGAGGAGAGUUUGGGAAAGUGUGUACCAGCAGCAGUGCCCCCUGAUUCCGCUCUGCCAGCCUUUGCUCCCCACACACCGCCUCCAUGUACAGCAUGAUGGAGACCGAGCUCAAGCCCCCCGCCCCCCAGCAGCCUUCGGGGGGCAACUCCAACUCUGCGUCCAACAACCAGAAUAAGAACAGCCCGGACCGAGUGAAGAGACCCAUGAACGCCUUCAUGGUAUGGUCCAGGGGCCAGAGGAGAAAGAUGGCUCAGGAGAACCCCAAGAUGCACAACUCGGAGAUCAGCAAGAGGCUGGGGGCUGAGUGGAAGCUCCUCUCCGAGGCCGAGAAAAGACCCUUCAUCGACGAGGCCAAGAGGCUGCGAGCUCUGCACAUGAAGGAGCAUCCGGAUUAUAAAUACAGGCCCAGGAGGAAAACCAAAACCCUCAUGAAGAAGGAUAAGUACACUCUGCCCGGGGGCUUGCUGGCUCCUGGGGCCAACGCCAUGACUUCUGGGGUCGGGGGCAGCCUGGGGGCCGGGGUCAACCAGAGGAUGGACACUUAUGCCCACAUGAACGGCUGGACCAACGGGGGGUAUGGCAUGAUGCAAGAACAGCUCGGAUACCCCCAACACCCGGGCCUCAACGCGCACAACGCGCCCCAGAUGCAGCCCAUGCACCGCUAUGAUGUCAGUGCCCUGCAAUAUAACUCCAUGAGCAGCUCGCAGACUUACAUGAACGGCUCGCCUACCUACAGCAUGUCCUACUCCCAGCAAGGGCCCCCGGGCAUGUCUCUGGGAUCCAUGGGCUCGGUAGUCAAGUCGGAAUCCAGCUCCAGUCCACCUGUAGUCACCUCUUCUUCCCAUUCGCGGGCUCCGUGCCAGGCAGGGGACCUCCGGGACAUGAUCAGUAUGUACCUACCUGGGGCAGAAGUGCCAGAGUCCGCAGCGCAAAGCAGACUGCACAUGUCGCAACACUAUCAGAGUGCCUCAGUAGCGGGCACAGGGAUCAAUGGCACGCUGCCUCUGUCGCACAUGUGAAAUACUGAAGGAACUUUUAUAUCCAAAGUCUGGGCUACAGGGGGGACAAACUGUGGCUCUCCACUUGUUUCUGCACUACAGCUCCAGAGUUGCUGAGAGUUAUAGUUCAGCAACAGCAGGAAGGCCACAGGUUACACCUCACUGUUGUGGACUCGUUUUUGGACUAUUUUUGUACAGAAGAAAACAAAAAAGCUGGGGAGGGGGAAAGGGAACUUGUAUAGAACGACAGAAAGAAGAAGAAAAAAGAGACAAACAUUGAAAAUUUUAGUAGGAACUUUGCAGAAAAGUUUGCAGACGCCCUUCCCAAUCCUAUUAGCUCUAGUCUCACGGUGAUGAGAAAUCGAUUUAUUAUUUGCGACUUUUUUUUUUUUGUACAGUAUUUAUCAAAUAAACAGGGCAAUCAGAAUGGCCAUUGUUUAUAAGCUGCGACUUUGCCAAUCUUUUUACAGUCAUAGGUCAAUGAAGCUCCCCUCUAGAAUAAAGCUUCUGAAUGGGGGAGGGGGAUCAAAUUUGGGCAAAUGUAACUGUUCCAAAAAAAAUGUUUUCAAACGAACUACCAUGCGCCUGAUAUCCUAUAAUAACAAGCACAAGACACAAGAUGUACUUUUUGUUUUUCCCUAUUGUUAGAGUAAGAAAUGGCCGCUAGGAUUCCAACAUUUGUUGAUUUAUAUAUCAGGCUUCCGAUUAAAAAAAAAACAAGAAAGCAACGGAAACAUCAAUUUAAUGUGUUUUGAAAUAUUUUCUUAUGGUUUGUAAUAUUUCUGUAAAUUUAUCGUGCUUAUAUUUUAAGUUUUUUUUUCUCUUAUCUCAUUUUCAGUAGAUGUAUUUUAAAUGACUCGGCGCUGUAUUAUUUGGAUCAGUUUGCCGAAAGUCCUUGUGUGUAUAUAUAUAUAUAUAUAUAUAUAUAUAUAUAUAUAUAUAUAUAUAUAUAUAUAUAUAUAUAUAUAUAUAUAUAUAUAUAUAUAUAUAUGAACUAAUCCAACCCUAAUAAAACAGAUACAUUUUCAGCUUAAGUUUCUACACCAUUAUUCACAGUUUGAGAUAAAUAAAUUUUUGAAAUAUGAAAUCUGAUAUCAAAUUGACUCCUUGAUUUAUUUGUAGGCACCAAAUCUACAAGAAUACAAACGAUUGUUUAAAUGAUCUCUAUGGUCAUUCUGGUGAUUUUCAAAAAACUCAGUUUUGGAUUUUAAUAGUCAGGUACGAAGAUCAUAUUUGAAUUUUCUCUUAUCAAUUGGGGGUUUUUGUAAGGAAAGGGCUAACUUAAAAAAACUAAUUGCGGGUUGGAUAUAUAUUCUAUAUGUUUUAAUGGUUUAUAUUUCUGAUACCUUUACUAUAAACUGUUUAUAUGAGUCCAAUGUACCUGGGAAGAGCCAAAGACCUGCCAUAAUUGGGCCUAUACCUCGACACAAGGUAAAUGUUGCUUUGACAUUUGUUGAUAAAAUGAAUCUGUGUAAUGAUCGCAUCAAUCUCAGCUUCUAUUUUCUAUUUUCAAGAUAGAAGAACAAAAGUUUAUCUGUAUUGUACACCAUUUGCGCCUAUUACGGCUGUUCAAAUCCCAUUUCUAAAUUGCCAGCGGCUCUCAAAAACUGGAUAAUAUCUCCAUGUGAAAGCGAGUCCUAGAAAGAAGCCUUUUCUUCGGCCUAUUUACUGAAGGAAACUCCAGCAGCGGCAGAUUAUGGAAAGAGUUACGGACAUUUACAGAAAAAUCAAGAAGGGAUUUGCACAACUGGCCAUCUGUUUCUCUCUGUGGGACUUUGCACGACACUUGUAUUUGCACAAGCAAGAAAGCGUGUGGAAAGAGAACUUCCAUCACAGGCACGUUUAAAUUCUACCCAUCCAUUCUAUGGCUGCCUGAUUCAGAAGACGCUUUCAACCAAUGGCUGCUCAGCUGCAGAUCUACAGCUCCCAGAAUUCACAGCACAGCUACAGAAGCAUUUACUGACAAGCCCUGCAACCUUUGUUCUUAUUAAAUCGUGGAAUCAAUCAGAGGCAUCAAAAUGCGAAAUUAUAUAUUGCAUAUAGUUACAUAGUUAGAUCGGGUUGAAAAAAGAGCAACUUCCAUCAAGAAACCCAGCAUCCUCCAUACAUAGACACACUGACCCCUCCAUACACUCACAACAACUCUAUAUAUAUUAUAUGUGUCCAUAGCCAUGUUUGUUCAUUAUUUAUUUACUAGGGCAGUGCCAUCAGGCAGAGUGUUUUAGAUUGAGAUUUUUCUAUGUUCCUGCUAAAGAGUUAUUUAGAGUUGUAUAGCAUCAUGACCAAUAAUAAAAGAUAUACCCUCACAGAG